GCUGAGCUUGUGUCUUUAUCACUCCGGUCACUAGCAUAGUGUUGGACAUGUUAACGGAACUGCAUAAGUUAUGUACAACCCCAUAGUCUAACGUUUAUGUAGUUAUUGCAAGCUGAAUCAUGCCGCAAAAUACGUUUGUUAACCAUGCUUUGCUAACAUUGUUAUUUUGUUCGUGAAGCGUGAUGCAUUAGGAAACUGUUUUUAAUUUGUUUGAUGGAUCUGAAGGGCCAGAUGUUCAGUGUGAACAGGGGGGGCUGGGUUAACCUGUACUCGGGUGUUGUUGCCUCUCUGCCUUCCUUCACGGUGUGCCUGCGCCACAUGUCUGAGCAGCAGGAAGGCCAGACCUUCUUCAGUCUCAGUUUGGGCAGCAUCAGCGUGGCCUCCUUGUCACUCAACGGCAGUGGUGGAAAUCUAAUGUUGACUGUUGGGGGGUACUUUGAAACCUUCCAGAGAUUCUUCCCUGUCAGCCCUGUGAAUAUUCCCUGGACCGGGCUGUGUUCCACAUGGAUGUCCAGCAGCGGGAUGGCCCAGCUUUGGUGGAAGGGGAUGGCCAGUGUCAGGAAAGGGAUUUGGAGAAAUCAGGUUUUCACAGGGCAGCCUGUCCUGACAAUAUACGGAUUAGUUGGCCAGGUGACAGAUGUGCAUGUAUGGAACUACGUACUUUCCCCCGCUACCAUUGCCAGCUAUUCUAAGGGGUCUGCCGUGGCAGAGGGCACGGUGCUGAGCUGGCGAAAGGCGCAGUAUAACUCUGGUGGGUAUGUGAUCCUGGAGCCGAUGCAAUUCUCUGCAGGACUGCCCUGCUGUGCAUUGCCAGUAAGCCCUGGGAAAGGUGCCGAGCUAGGGAAAGCCAACCAACGAGUGGUAAAGAAAAUACAGCAUGAGAACAGCAAGAGGAGGAAAGUGGUGAUGGGGAAGGGCACAGAGGGGCCAACGGUACUGUGAAGUACCGGCUUACUUCUUUAGAAACAUGUGUGAACACUCCGUUCAUGAUCAUUUUGCUAAGCUUACUCAUAAAAACAUAGCUAAACGUCAAUCAGUGCUUUUCAUAACGGUCUGUUUGAGCUUUGUUCUAAUUAGAAAAAUUGUUUUUUCUUCAGAUAAAUAAGAUACUGUUGGCUGAAGAUUUGAGAAAUGUACAUUUUAUUUCCUGGUUGAUGGAACUGUUAGAUAAUGAGCAAUUUAAGUCUCUCUGGACACAAUAAUAAAGACCCCAUAGAGAUUCAGUACCUUUUGGGUCUUGUUUGGGGUCAUACACCUUACUUCUAAGUAUUUUAUCUCUGUCAUUUACUAAUACGCUUUUUACGCCUUUUGCAAAAUCAUAACAGUAUUUUUAUUGAUUGUCACAUCACAAAUCAUGACCCUUAUAUAUCCUUAUGCAAUCACUGGUUAUAUAGGUGUCUUGUUCAAAUAAAAAUUGGGGUGGUUACCCUA